AUGGCCUCGGGAGACACCCUGUACAUCGCCACGGACGGCUCGGAGAUGCCGGCCGAGAUCGUGGAGCUGCACGAGAUCGAGGUGGAGACCAUCCCGGUGGAGACCAUCGAGACGACCGUGGUGGGCGGCGAGGAAGACGAAGACGAGGAGGAUGAGGAUGAAUGCUGCGAGGAGUGCGGCCCGCACCACCCGCCCCAUCACUACCACCACCACCACCAGCCCAUGAUUGCGCUGCAGCCGCUCGUCUCGGACGGAGACCCCAGCGGAGCAGGCGGCGGCGCGGGUGGCGGCGGCGGGGGGCAGCUCCACCUGCACCAUCACCAGGAGGUGAUCCUGGUGCAGACCCGUGAGGAGGUGGUGGGGGGAGACGACUCGGACGGGCUGCGGGCCGACGACGGUUUCGAGGACCAGAUCCUCAUCCCGGUGCCGGCUCCCGCCGGGGAGGACGAGUAUAUCGAGCAGACCCUGGUCACCGUGGCCGCCGCCGGUAGCAAGAGCGGUGGGGGCGGCGGCUCGUCCUCGGCCGGAGGCCGCGUCAAGAAGGGCGGCAGCGGAAAGAAGAGCAGCAAGAAGAGUUACCUGAGCGGGGGAGGCGGCGGUGGGGCCGAAGGCGGCGGAGGCAGGAAAUGGGAGCAGAAGCAGGUGCAGAUCAAGACCCUGGAGGGGGAGUUCUCGGUCACCAUGUGGGCCUCGGAUGAUAAAAAAGACAUUGACCAUGAAACAGUGGUGGAAGAACAGAUCAUUGGCGAGAACUCUCCACCUGAUUACUCAGAGUACAUGACAGGAAAGAAACUUCCUCCUGGAGGAAUACCUGGCAUUGACCUUUCAGACCCCAAGCAGCUAGCUGAAUUUGCUAGAAUGAAGCCACGAAAAAUUAAAGAAGAUGAUGCUCCAAGAACGAUAGCAUGUCCUCACAAAGGCUGCACAAAAAUGUUCAGGGACAACUCUGCUAUGAGGAAGCAUCUGCACACUCAUGGUCCUCGAGUACACGUAUGUGCAGAAUGUGGCAAGGCCUUUGUGGAGAGUUCCAAACUAAAGCGACAUCAGCUAGUUCAUACUGGAGAGAAGCCCUUUCAGUGCACGUUUGAAGGAUGUGGAAAGCGAUUUUCACUGGACUUCAAUUUACGCACACAUGUGCGAAUUCACACUGGCGACAGGCCCUAUGUGUGCCCGUUUGACGGCUGUAAUAAGAAGUUCGCUCAAUCAACUAACCUGAAAUCUCACAUCUUAACACACGCUAAGGCCAAAAACAACCAGUGAAAGUAAGCGAGAAGAAAGCUCUUGAACUCUCAAAGCAUCUUACAGGAGUAUGGGAAUAAAUAUGCCUCCCCUUUGUAUAUUGUUUCUAGGAAAGAAUUUUAAAAAAGAACCCUACCCACCUAAAGGACAUGUUUUGAUAAAGUAGUAAAUAAAUAAAUAAAAACUUUAAGAUGACGUUACUAAGAUGCUCUACCUUGCUCUGUAAUCCAGUUUCAAGAACACGGUGUUUUGUAAAGUGUGCUCCCAACAGGAGGGGACAAUUGAUGAACUUGCAUCAAAAAGAGACAAUUCUUUAUACAACAGUGCUAAAAUUGGACUUCUUUUCACAUUCUUAUAAAUAUGAAGCUCACCUGUUGCUUACAAUUUUUUUAAUUUUGUAUUUUCCAAGUGUGCAUAUUGUACACUUUUUGGGGAUAUGCUUAGUAAUGCUAUGUGUGAUUUUUCUGGAGGUUGAUAACUUUGCUUGCAGUAGAUUUUCUUUAAAAGAAUGGGCAGUUACAUGCAUACUUCAAAAGUAUUUUCCUGUAAAGAAAAAAGUUAUAUAGGUUUUGUUUGCUAUCUUAAUUUUGGUUGUAUUCUUUGAUGUUAACACAUUUUUGUAUAAUUGUAUCGUAUAGCUGUAAUGAAAUCAUGUAGUAUCAAAUAUUAGAUGUGAUUUAAUAGUGUUAAUCAAUUUAAACCCAUUUUAGUCACUUUUUUUGGAAAAAUACUGCCAGAUGCUGAUGUUCAGUGUAAUUUCUCUUUGCCUGUUCAGUUACGGAAAGUGGUGCUCAGUUGUAGAAUGUAUUGUACAGGCACUGACCUUUUAUUAACACCUGAUAAUAUGUACAUCCCAUGUAAUAGAAAGGACAACAAUAAAACAGUGGUCCUAAAGAAAGAGUAUGGCAGAAGAUGAUCUGUAAGCACAGUCUAUUUUCUUUUUUUGUCCAGAAUAAUUAUAGUUCUUGAACCUCCCAGAAAUUGGAAGCUUAAAUAAAACUCAAGUUUCCUUUA